AUGAAGGGCAGUUUCUGCUUCAAGUUGCUUAUAAAUUUCUUUUUCCUGUGUUCAAUUUUUCUCUACUUGAUUGAAGGCGACACCUUGAACAAUUAUGAUGACUUGAGACCGAAUCUGGAGAACAGCACAAGAGAGCGCGUGCAGACGAUGCAAGAUGUGGCAGAUUCAGCGGCUGCAAACAUUUCUCCUAGCAACAACUUCAUGUCCCACUCCAUCUCCAGCACCUACACCAUGUCGAAGGUAGAUGACAAAGAAGCCCUGAUAUCUAGACAGAGGACCCAGGAUCACGUGGUCAGUGACGGAGUGACGGGACAGGCAUCGGCCAAGUCGCAGGUCAUCGAAGGAAAGAUGAAGGACAAUAUAGUGAUUGGAACGUCAAUUGAAGCGUCCGCCAAAAACGAGCAGUCUUCUGGGAUGUGGGAUGAAGACAUUAAGUCAACUUCAUCGGCAAAUGAUUUUGAAGACGAUGCGAGAAAGUUUACUUUUGAGGAUUUUAGCUCCCCAAAUUUGAAUAGGUUUAUUAAUUUUGAUUUUUUUAAAGAAGAUUUGAGAAAAAAACGCAGUGUGGACGUCAGUGAUGUGGCAGGUGCAGCAGGGCAGGAUACGCAAAAUAUUUACUUGCGUCACAAAUUUAACAAAGACGAUGUGGAGCAACAGAUUAAAAAUUAUGAAAAAAACAAUUUAAAAACAUCCGCUGACAGCAAAAAACACAGCAGUGACGACAAAAGCCACAACGUUGGCGAUAGCAACAACAAAAAAACUGUCGAUCUAGUCAAAAGUUACAUAACACUUCAAGACGACGAGAAUAAACAUUUAUUGAAAGCUCUAGAUCUGGCCAGUCAGCUCGAAUUCAAACAGUCUCGCUACAGUUUGGACGAGCACAAAAACAACUUUAACGAUAAGCGUAAUGUUGAGGAAGAGCAGGAGGAAGAUGGCGAUCAAGCUGACAACGGCAGGAUGGUGCAAGAGGAAAUAUACCACAUGAACCAGGCUCUCAAAGAUGAAAAAGCACUGACGCAGUUGAAACAAAUGAUGAAAUACUCCACUGAAUUACAACAACAACAAUCACAACAACAACAUCAACAUCAGGAUAAUGAACAAGACGAACAACAAAUGAUGAAGCGUCAACAGCCCGAUCAGUUUGUCUACCGCUUACCACUAAGGCAUUUCCAACAAUCCAUUGAAUUUUCACCAUCAUCAUCAUCACCCCAUGCAUCAUCAUCAUCGCCAUCUUCAUCAUUAACACCUCUGAAAAAAUAUGAACUAUCUACAAUUCCAGUGAAAAAAAUCUGGAACAUUGAUAAUGAUGGCGUUGAGGAAGAUGAGGAAUAUGAUAAUGAUGACAUCCGUAAUGAGGACGAUGACGUUGAUGGCGAGGAUGAAGAAGAUGAUGACGGUGAUAUGUUCUCAAAACACCAACAGCAUGUGAUGCAAUAUCCAAAUGAGUUGUCACUGUAUCGAGGGCAUCAACUCCAACAACAACAACAACAUCAUCAACAACAACAACAACAUCAGCAACAACAGCAGCAACAUCAUCAACAACAACAUCAGCAACAACAACAACAACGUCAUCAACAACAACGUCAUCAACAACAACAACUACAGCAUCAACAACAACAACAAAAAUAUUCAGAAAAUUUUUUAUCCGCUUUUGACGACGCCAACAAUUACGAACUAACACUUAAAGCCCACGGAACAAAGAGAAAUAAUUUAAUUGACGAAGAUGAUGAAGAUGAUGAUGAUGACGAUGAUGGCGAUGAUGACGUAAUCAUACCAAAUGACGUCAACCUCAAUAAAGAAAACGUCAACGCAUUUUUAACGGAAGGGGUCGCAAAUGAUAACGCUGGACGGUUGCUCUAUAGGAGCCAGGCAAACAUUCCGUCAAUGCAAACCAAUAAGAGAGAAAGACCAACACCAAGCGAGGAUGAUGACGGUGAUGAUGACGCUAAACACUUAACAUCAUCUUCACCUCCAUCAUCAUCAUCUUCAUCAUCAUCUUCACCAACGUUUUACCAAGAUGCAGAAUCCAGGUGUCCAGCUCUCAAGGAGCAUGUUGAUAAUUGUCUCUAUCCAAGGUUGAACGGGCUGCUUCCAGAUUCAGAAGCUGUCGACCUCUGUAAUGGCGCUCGAUACAGCCUAACUCCAACCGACUGCAACAACCAGUUCCUCCAAAAGACAGCCAGCCUGUGUGCCCGCGACGUGAACUGCAACAAGCAAGCUGCCAGUCUUUUCCUCAUCAUGCUUGGCGAUAGGAAGUACUCACAAAGGAUCAACACUCCCAGAAAUUGCGCUGCUCCGUGUGUCGGCAGGCUACUCAUGAAGGCUUUCCAGUGAGAUAUGAGGAAAUGAGAGAGAGAGAGAGAGAAAGAGAGAGAGAAAGAAAGAGAAAGAGAGAUUGAAAGAUAAAGAAAGUUUGAGGUAUAGAGAAAGUGAAAGAGAAGAGAAAUGUGAAAAUGAGUUGAGAAAAUUAAGAUAGGGAGAAAUCGAAAAAGAUGAAUAUAAAUUUGAUUUAUCAUCAUUGUCAUGUUUCAUCAUCAUAUCAUCUUUUUCUUCUUUAUUACCAUUAUCUUCUUCAUCACCAUAACUCUUAUGAUAGAGCUCCUAUGUGAAUGAGUUGAUGAUAACUGAUGAAAAGAAUUGGUUUUUGAUAACAAAUAAAUGUAAUGCUAAUGCCAAUAUAAUAAUGGUUUAGAUGAUAAGAACAAUAAUACUAGAAAUGAUUAAUAGAUUUAAGGAAGUCAAAAACUUCAGAUGUUUCAUUGAUGACGAUAAUAUUGAUAAUACAAUGGUGGUGGAUAUUAUGGUUAUCAAAAAAUUUUUCAAGUCAAGAAGAAAAAAUAAAAAAUUGUAAGAACCACGCAAACCUAUAACCAAGAAGGAAGAACAAUGUUUUGCAUCGUACAUAGACAGAACAUCAACGUAAUAAAAUAUCCAUUAUAUUUUAUUACUCAGUUUAAUUUCCUUUCAUUUUUCAUUUAUGAUUUUCAAUUAACAAAUUAAUACUGCCUAAUUUGAGGGAUUAAAUUAAACAUUGAGCUAAUAAGGCUGCAGACCCAAACACACACACACACACACACACAC